GCAUGACAAUUUUCUUGUGAUAGCACCGCAGUGAAUUUGUCGUCGCCCUUUUACUUCUCAAGUUAAUACUUUCUCUAUGCCUUCCUGAAGUCUUUUACGUUAAUUUGGGAUGACUCGUAACGAAGAGAGCAUGUUUAUCAAAAUUAUAAAAAGCAUACAUUUUGUACUGUGUGGAAUGAAUAUUUUCCAACUCCAACAAUAAGUGGGAUAGAGUGCUAUAGAUAAAAGAUUGAUUCAUCUCUGGUACAUUUCAUUGGAAUGUGAAUAUAGGCGAAUGGAUGCUCAAGGACUUAAAAGAAAAAAAAAGUUGGGGUGUCUUUGUGAUAAACCAGCUUUUUAAAGUGAACAUAGAAACGGGUGGUUCUAGUCCAAGGUUUACUGUAAUAAAAAUAAAGGGAGGGAAAGAGGACGUGAUUUUUCUCUACUUCAGUGAAGUCAAGUGCGAUGGAAAAUUGUUGGAAGUGAUAACGUAGCAAAUCAGUCUUCAGCUAAGGGAAGCUAUUGAACGCUAGUGCAUUGAAAGUGUGCAGUAAUGAAUACUGUUCAGAGUACAGGGCACGCAAAUGUUAGAAAUAAAAAGGACUCACAGUUCGAGGAGCUAACUGUUUCUUCUUCCGAAAAAAGAAAUUGGAGAGGAAUUUUUAUAGCUCUUUUAGUAAUAGCCGCAGUUUUGGGCCUUAUUGUAUUUUCUAUUCUGCUUCUUUCACCAGAAAUCGAAUCGUCAAGGUUGCAUGGAAAACGAAUACACUUACACGAUGUCCAGACUGGUCAAUAUCAAUGGAAAGAGAACAAUGGAACCUGGUUGAAUAAACAUGAAUUUGUAUUUGUCAAUCCGGAUGGAGGAUUAUCUUCUCUUUACGUUGGCAGUGUUUAUAACAUGAACUCGAAAGUAUUGAUGAACAACUCUACAUUUAGACAAUUGAAUGCUGACAAGUACAGCGUUUCGCCGGAUCAAAAUUUUGUUCUUUUAUAUGCAAAUUCAAAUGGUUUAGGAAAUACAAGUUAUUUUAUCUACGAGUUGACAUCUUCCAACGUGUUUCCCUUGUCGGCAAAAGAAGGCGAUCAAACCGCUCCUAGCUUGCAGCACGUGCUGUGGGCACCUCGCCAACCAACGGGCGAUUCGGCUAGCAAUGGUGAGAAGGGAACAAUGCAAGGGAUCGCGUUCGUACAGGAGGGAGAUAUUUACUACAAGCCGAAGGUGCAGAGUGAUCUGAUCUGUAGAAUUACUACCAAUGGUAGAACCGAUUAUAUAUUGAAUGGAGUACCAGAUUGGCUGUAUAAAGAAGUAGAAGAGCUCAAGAGUGCUUCCCUGUUGUUUUCUCCAGAUGGACAAUAUUUGUCAUAUUUAUCAUUCAAUGUUUCAAGUGUGCAUCAAUACCAGUACGUAUGGUAUGGUGAUAAUGAUCAGUACCCUAGCAUUAGAAGUAUCCGUUACCCUAAAACAAACGCACCUAAUCCGAAUGUAACGGUUUUUGUAGUCAACUUGAGUGUUCUGAAAUUUAUAUCUCAAAAAGCUAUAACGGUUCCCAGCUACAUUAGCAACGAAAGCUACGUCGGAGGUAUGGUGUGGUUGUCACCAGCAGAGUUAUCCAUAACAUAUACCAACCGUGAACAGAACAUAUCAUAUGUUCUGCUGUGUACGGCACCCAAUUUCAAUUGCAUCGAGAUUUUCAGCGAACGCGCAGCUGAAAAUGGAUGGGUUUUGAUUGCCGAAAAACCAUUAUUUAUAACGACUGAAACGGACAUCGAGAAUACUAUUAUCAACGCAACGAAUCUUGCUACAUCUGAUAUUGAGCCGAAAGAAGACGGUAAACCAACGGUGGCACCAACAAAGCUUACAAAACGUAACAUUUUUAUGCUAAAAAGACUGGACGUACGCGACGGUUCGCAUGGUUACUUCCGGCAAAUAGCUCUUAUCCCAAUCGAAACGAAGAGGCCCAUUAUUUUAACGAUAGGACAAUACGAAGUAACGGAAAUUUUUGGAUAUGACGAAAUACGAGGUUUUGUCUAUUUCAUGGCAGCACCCCAUAAAAAGCCUGGUCAGCGGCACCUGUAUAGAAUUAAUUUGACCUUACACAGAAACACAGAAACGAUAAUAAAGGCAGCGAAGGAUUUAUCGACAUUUUGUAUGACGUGUGAAUUCGAUCCGUUAUAUUCGUUUGACCUGUUCCGAGAUCCAAACAAAACCAAUGGCCUAAUGACCAUCCCUAACAACUGUUUGUACAACAAGAUCUACUUCAACACUGACUACACGUAUUACGUGCAGGAAUGCCUCGGGCCUGAAUCCCCAUCAUCGUACAUCGUAGAUGCCGUAACGGGUAAAAAAAUAUUUAUCCUAGACGAUGGAAACCAUCUUCGAAAAAAGCUAGCAGAAUUGGCCAAGCCGCAAAUAAUGACGUUCAGUGUAGAGAUCAAGUACGAUUUCAACGCGCAAGUUAAGCUAUUCCUACCACCUGGCAUCAAGGAGGAUGACGAUAUGUUGCUUCCGUUGAUAUUGCACGUGGAUGCCACUCCAGAAUCCCAGCUGGUGUCGGAGAAAUAUAGCUUCGACUGGAACUGGUAUUUGUGCAGCUACCAGUCUUAUAUCAUUGCUCAAAUAGAUGCUAGAGGAUCGGGCUACCAAGGAGAGGCACUCAAAACACAAAUCCGAGGCAAGGUCGGGAUCGAAGUUGAGGAUCAGUUGUCGGUUUUAACAUAUUUGCGUGAUAAUUUGAAGCUGGUGGAUCCCAACCGAAUAUGUGCCUACGGAUGGGGAUAUGGUGGGUACAUCGUAUCCAUGAUGCUGGCGAGCGAUUCGGAGAAUGUACUCAAAUGCGGGGCAGCGAUCAAUCCAAUAGUGUCCUUCAAAUACUACAACUCUUUCUUCACGGAACGCUACGUAAUCCAACCUGCGGAUAAUGGGCGUGCAUUGCUCGACUCGGACCUGUCAAUGAAGGUUGGAAACUUUGCGAGCAAAAAAUAUCUGCUCAUCCACGGAACCGCAGAUACCCAAGUGCAUGAACAGCACACAGCGAUAUUAACCAAAUCGUUAAUCGAAGUUGGUGUAAUGUUUAGACAUCAGGUUUAUGUCGAUGAAAACCACAGCUUAUCUGGUGUAAUUGCACACGUCUAUCAAACUAUAGAGGCAUAUUUUGAAGAGAACUUCUUGAACGAUAAUCAAGAUUGGACUACAGCAUUCUUCCUCUCUAAAACCUAAUUAUUUAGUUUUGUUAAAAAUUGAAAACAAGAUGUGAAUAAAUCGAAGAUUUAAUUAAAAACUUGAUUGGCAAAGUUA